AUGGACGCAGAGUACAGAUGCCUUCUGUUAUACACAGAAAUAAGAUGGCUAUCCAGAGGAAAAUCGUUACUGAGAGUAUUUGAAUUGCGAGAGCCAUUGCAAAGAUUUCUCUUAGAAAAGAAGUCACCGCUGGCAGCACAUUUCAGUGACAAGGUAUGGGUCACCAAACUGGCUUACCUGUGUGACAUAUUCAACCUGCUGAAUGAACUCAAUCUGUGCCUUCAGGGGAAAAUGACAACUGUUUUCAAGUUGGCUGACAAAGUAGCUGCCUUUAAAGCCAAACUGGAGUUAUGGGGACGACGCGUGAACAGAGGCAUUUUCGACAUGUUUCAGACAUUAGCGGCUGCUGCUAUGACCGGACGUCUAUCUGGUUUAACUGCUCGGAUUAAGGAAGUUGCACCUGAGAGUGAAGCUACACAUUGUCUCAUUCACAGGGAAGUGCUAGCAAGCCGAAAAAUGUCACCAGAAUUUAACAACGUAUUGAUUGAUGUCGUUAAAGUUAUUAACUACAUCAAAGCACACGCUCUUAACUCGCGCCUGUUUGAGCAGCUUUGUGAGGAGAUGGACGCAGAGUACAGAUGCCUUCUGUUAUACACAGAAAUAAGAUGGUUAUCCAGAGGAAAAUCGUUACUGAGAGUAUUUGAAUUGCGAGAGCCAUUGCAAUGA